AUGAAUCUACCUGAAGAGUCAGACAGACUAGAACUCAGUACAGUGAACAUACUUCAACCGCGUGGCGACAUUGACACAACAUGGUGCGUGGAGGCGGCCGCUAUGCUCAUCAUCAUCAUCACCACCGUAGCUGGGAACACGGCGGUGAUGAAUGCGUUGAGGCGGCUACAACGCGCCCCCGCUCACUACCCGCUCGCUAGCUUGGCUACAGCGGAUCUGCUUGUCGGAGUGUUUGUACUGCCCAUAGCUGCAGCUCGAGAGCUUUUCGUGUUUCAGUUGACUUCAUUCACAGACUGGGCGAUAUGUUCUUGCUGGAGCACACUAGAUGUGCUAUGCUGUACGGCGUCCAUCCUCUCACUCUGCACUCUCGGCUGGGAGCGCUGGUGCUGCAUCACCGCGCCGCUUGCCAGGGCAAAACGUCACAGACGAGCGAAGCUUCUCGCUGUACUGGUGUGGCCGGUCUCCACUGCUGUGGCACUGCCCACAGCCUUUAUACCAUCAGCGAAGAAUUACCACGAGGGAGAGAUGCCAAAGGCCUGCACAGUUAAUACAAAUGUUGGGUAUGUGUUCUUCAGUGUUUCCUUCUCGUUUUACGUGCCUGCUAGCGUCAUGGUUGGAUUCUACGUGUGCAUCCUUCGCUUAUUAUCGUUACCACUACCCAUACGAGCACAUCGUGGUCAGGGGGAACAUGGAAAUAAAAUUGCAACCAAUCGCAAUGAAGUAACGGAACACGUUAAGUCAUCCCAAAAUAAUAACAAUAUUACUCGGAGAACAGAAGGACCUGUAUCUCCUAAAGGCUGUCAAUUGAAUGUACCAGUGGAACCUUCAGCUGCAAACAGUUCACAUUUGCCAAAACUAGUUGUUUCACUAGGGGGCUUGAUACCGAGGCAACGUCGCGCUACACGUACUAUAAUUAUGCUUAUGUCUCUGUUCCUAUUCUGCUGGACGCCAUUCUUCAUUAUGCUGCCUGUGGAUUCUCUCUGUGAGUGUGUGUGCGAUGCAACAUGGCUGUGGUGCACAUGGCUCGGCUACGCUAACUCAGCAUUCAAUCCGCUAGUGUAUGCUGCAGCGUCGCCUAGUGUGCGGCGAGCCUUACAAGCUUCCCUUACUACAUCCAGUUCAGCGAGGACCACCGUCGCACCACUAUCGCCUAGCGUACGACGGCCCUAAAUUUAUGGCGGUCAUUGCCGCAAGAUGGCGGCGAUCGACAAGAUGGCGGCGGCGAGCAAUGUUGGACGGGGCAGCGUGCUAGCG